AGAAAACAAAGAACAAGUGUUGACAAAAUAAAAACAACACGGUUAUUGAAACUAAUUAAAGCUGUACAUUGACUAUUAAUCACAGUGACUCAUUGGAACGUGAAAAGCUUUAAUUUUUGCCAGAAUGGCUGCAAAAACACCAAAAGAGAACGAACCGCCCACUUACGAGGAAGUCAUGAGUGCGAGUGCGCCGCCAUACCCAGAUGCUAGACUCAUAGCUGGAGUACAUCAUGGUGCACCGACAGCGCCACCAAACAUGUCCACUUAUGGAGCUUUUGAGACAACGCCAGUUAGUAUUGUGGUGCAGCCAGCGCCGACUUCGGAGAUAAUUGUCAUUGGCGGAUGUCCAUCAUGCCGCAUCGGUUAUCUGGAAGACACAUUCUCGCCGCUUGGCUUAUGUUGUGCAAUCUUCUUCUUCCCCGUUGGCAUUAUCUGUUGCCUGGCAAUGCGAGAGAAGCGCUGCAGUAACUGCGGUGCAACGUUCUAGAUUGAACUGCACAUGGUGAAAUUAUCAUAGGUGGCGUCCUUACUCACCACAGCCUCUUUGGAGUCUUUGGAGUGGAGUGCAGAGUAUGGAACUAUACAUCUUACUCUAUUUCUCUCAGUGUGGUGAAUAGAUAUGAGGGCAGAGGUGGGGCGAAUACGCCACCUAAUAUAAUUUCAUAGUGGAACAUCAAUUGUUAUUAUUGAAAAGUAUUGAUGACAAACUGGAAACUAAUCCCUCACACAUUGGACUGUUUAUAUAUUUAAAUCACAAAAAUUGCUAACCGUUAGCUUUGUUAAUAAUUAAACUAUGUAUGUAUACACGUACCAUAUGUAAAUAUGAAUCUGUUGAGGCUCCUUUGACGGUUCUCCUACUCCUACAGCCGUCAUUAGCCUCGCCCAGACAUUACAUUCCAUCGGUUUAUCAGUCCAGCAUUGAUGUGGAUGUGGAUGCUGCUGUGGUCUCGAGUCCAGCUUCCGUUCAAUUUAAUUGAAAUAUAAUGGGGGCGGUUUUAAAUUACGACGCUUGUUUGAUUCGCUGCCUUUUUGCGCAAAUAUUUUGCUCUUUGUGAAAUGUAAACAAGUGUUUAAUGUUGACAACAGUAAGCCCGACUUUGGCAUACCCUGUAAAUAAUAAAAAAUUCAUAAGCGUGACACGUCAA